GAUGAACCCGCGCGAAAGGAGAUCGAGGAAAUUUCAGGCCUUGUGUAGGUUGACGGCUUGUCAAUCACUACCCGACCACGCUACAGCGCCUCCAUCAUGACUGCAGCCGGUGAUAAUGCAGCCGAUUAUGUCGAAGGAUCCAUACUAAGAGUCAAACUGGAAAAUGUAUUGACUUAUGACUCGGUGGAAUUUCAGUGUGGACCUUAUCUAAAUGUUAUCAUUGGGCCAAAUGGCACAGGAAAGUCAACCAUUGUCUGCGCAAUCUGUCUUGGACUUGGCGGAAAAACAAGUUUCCUCGGUCGUGCUCACCAGCCUUCAGACUAUAUUAAAUAUGGCAACGACAAGGCAAAAAUUGAACUUGAGCUAUUUAAUCCAGAUGGGGAAAAUUAUAUCAUCCAGCGACAGAUAUUCAAGAAUAACACAUCAAAUUGGAUGGUGAAUGGCAGGGGAGCCGCACAUAGAACAGUUGAAGAGACUGUUUCAAGACUGAACAUUCAGCUGGGAAAUUUGUGUCAAUUUUUACCUCAAGAAAAGGUGGCGGAUUUUGCCAAGAUGACCCAGCAAGAACUGCUUGAAAACACAGAGAAAGCAGUAGGCACGCCAGAGAUGUAUGAAAAUCACCAAAAGCUGAAACAUACUCGGAAUGAUUCGCGGAACUUGGAGCUGGGAUACAACAACCUUUUUCAGCGAGUGGAACAGGAGGUCCAAAAGAACUCACACCUGGAGCACGAGGUCAAAAAUUACGAAGAACGACAGCGCCACCUUGAGAAAAUCAAGUUACUUGAGAUGAAAAAGCCUUGGGUGGAAUACGAGGAGCAAAGAAGGCAUUAUCAGGCUGAGAAGCUCAAGAAAGACGCAAUGUCAGAAGAGUUACGGAAAGCUCAAAGAGAGUUCAGACCCUUAAAGCAGAAACUGGAAGAGGCAGAGAGUAAAGUGAAAAAACUCCACAAUGAAAUGGUGAAGCUGGUGGACAAAGUUAAGGGACAUGCUACCCAGGCUCAUGAGAAGAGUAACCAGAUUGAAGCGGAGUCAGACAAGGUGCUGGAAGUGUAUGAGGAGUUGAAGUUCAGACAGCAAGAGGAGGUAACAAGGAAGAAAUUACUGCAUGACCUCAGACGACAGCUUGGAGCAUUAGAAAAUGAACUGGCAUCUUCAUCUCAUGGAGAAGAUAUACAGCCCGCCAUUGACAAAGUCAAUCAAGAAGCCAGAGCAAUCAAUGCAAGUCUUACUCAUAACCAGCAGGCGGCAAAUACUAUUCAAGGAGAGGUAGAGAGUGGUCGUCAGGAAAUGUAUGGUUAUCAGAGGGAACUUCAGCAGCUACAAAAUGUCAGCAAUCGGCGUCUGGAACUCCUUCGUCAGUGCCACCGUCACACCUAUGAGGCUGUCAUCUGGCUGAGGGCUAAUAAGCACCGCUUUAAGGCCACUAUCCAUGAGCCAAUGAUACUUACGGUAAAUGUCAAAGAUGCCAGCGAUGCCAAGUACAUUGAGUCUCAUGUGUCCUUUAACGAUAUCCGGGCGUUUGUUUGCGAGGAGUCAGAGGAUUUGAACCUGUUCAUGGAUGUGAUGAGGGAUGAACAGAAACUGAAAGUAAACGCAAUCAGUAUGCCGUCACAGCCUCUUUCUUCAUUCAAGCCUGCCUUCAGGCUGGAGGACUUCAGGAAGUACGGUUUCCGUUGCUACCUGAAGGACAUGAUUGAAUGCCCAGAGGCCAUCAUGAGGUACCUGUGUCUUCAGUACCAUGUCCACUCCAUCAUGAUUGGUACAGAGAAGACCAAGGCUAUGGUGGAGAGAGUUAUCCAGGAAAACCCACGCCUCACCUCCUUCUACACUGCCAAUAAUCAGUAUGCAAUCCGACGCUCAAAGUAUGAUGGGGAACUUGCGAGGAGGAAUACACAGCUCAAAAAGCCGUCCCUGCUAACAGUAGCUUUGGACAACCAGAGGAUAGCCAGAUUACAGCAAAGCAUACAGGACUGUCAAACAACUCUGCAAGCUGCAGAACAGAAAUACAGCAAACUCCAGCAGGAUUCAAGAGAGCUGGACACUAGGCUGAACCAACUGAGAAAUGAGAAGAAAGAGCUGAGUAAACAGAAAGACAGAAAAAGGACAUUAUUAUCACAGAUUGAAACCAAAAAACAGAGCAUCUCACGGAAGGAAAAGGAGGGGCUGGACAUGGAAGGCGAGAAACGGAAAGCAGCAGAUAAAAUACGGCAGAUUACUGUUAAGAAAUGUCAGCAUCUUCAGGUCUUAAAAGAUCAAACAAAGCACUGUUUUGAGCUGGGGAUGGCCAGGGUUCGCCUCAGCCUGGCACACGCCCUCGCCAAGAAGGAGACAACUGAUAUAGAGACCUUAAUAUCUGACCAGUCCCAAAGCCUGCAAAAUCUAGAGAGAGCUAAUAUAGAGAUGAAGGAGCGGUUACGUCAGACCAAAGAUCGUGCCAAACAGUUGUUAGACAUAGCUAAACAGGCAACAGGUACAAGCAAUUCCGAAGAACUCUCUAGUGAACUCAAACAGGCCUUCGAGGCAUUACCAAGGACAGUGGACGAGAUUGACUCGUGUAUUCAUGAACAGAGAGUGCGAGCAGAUUGCAAAUUCCAGACAGAUGAACGAAUUGUUAAAGAGUUCAACACAAGAAAGAGAGAUAUAGCACAGAUGCAGAGAGAGUUGGCCAAUAAGAAAGACGCCCUGGAAAGACACCAGACAGUGAUGGAGAAGGCCAAACAAGAGUGGCUCACUCCACUGAAGAGCCUAGUCAACAGAAUCAGUCAAAACUUUAGUCUGUUUUUCCAGAGCCUGCACUGUUCAGGGGAGGUAGAUCUCAGUGUACCAGAGAAUCCAGAAGACUAUGAGAAGUAUGGCAUUCGGAUCAAGGUGAAGUACCGGGACACAGAGCCUCUAAGGGAGUUAACUCCAUUUCACCAGAGUGGUGGUGAGAGGAGUGUUGCCACAGUGCUGUACAUGAUGGCUCUACAGGAGUUAACCAAUUGUCCCUUCAGGUGUGUCGACGAGAUCAACCAGGGAAUGGAUCCAAUCAAUGAGAGAAAGGUGUUUGAGUUAGUUGUGCAUACAGUCUGUAAGAGGAGUUCCUCUCAAUACUUCCUUCUCACACCAAAGUUGUUGCCAGACCUGGAAUACUCAGAUAACAUGAGAGUCCUGUGUGUGUAUAAUGGGCCUCUGAUGAUGAACCACACAGAAUGGAGAUUGAAAAAGUUCAUCCACCGCCGGCAGAGACUUACAGAGGAAGUAGGCUGAGAGGGAAAUACAUGCUUAUAUAACUUGUUCUGCAGGUAGCGGGCGACACAGAAUUAUAAUUAUUACUAGAGUGGUUGCCCAGGUGUUCAGUGGAAAGGAAAAACUUCUGUGAUUAUGUGAUUAUUGGUCAAUAUUGUUGCUCAACAUUGCUCUGACAAAAUAUUGUACUAGAUAUUUUUCAGCUUAUAUGUGGGAGGUCUUUGCCAGUGUUCUCAUGGCAUGUGAGGAUGGGUGAGCUCUGCUCAAAUUCUUGUGGCUUGUGAGGAUGGGUGAGCUCUGCUCAAAUUCUUGUGGCUUGUGAGGAUGGGUGGGCUGAGGCAGUGUUCUUAUGGUUUGGAAGGAGAGUUGGGCUGAGCCAAUGUUCUCAUGGCUUGUGAGGAUCGGUGGGCUGAGCCAAUGUUUCUAUGGCUUGUAGGGGUAAGUGGGCUCUGCCAUUGUUCUCAUGGCUUGUGAGGAUGAGCUGUUUUCGCAGCUUGAUUGUCUUGGUUUGCUACGAAAGUGUUCUCACAGAUUGGGGUUGGAUGGGUUAAACCAGUGUUUUCACACCUUGUGUUGUGGUGGGCUGUGUUCUCACAGGUUGUGGGCUGGUGGGCUAGGCCUGCAGGAUAUCCUACUGAGAAACUGUAAAUUUUAGCACCAGAAGUAUUAUCUCAUUACAUUUAUUUGCCUCCAAAAAUGCUCUUUUUUGGUUGAAUUUAUAGGUCAUUUAGGGUAGUUGAACAAACACACAGGCAGGUGCUGUUAAUAUUUAAAUUCUUGACAUCGUAUUCAUACUAAGAGAGAAUGAUCAGAAUGAUUCUAAGAUUCUUUCUUAAGAACUGACAAUUGCAAUGUACAGAUGUAGAGCCAUGCGUUUUGGAGAAUAUGUGUGAAUACUAUCGAGGGAAAUACUGUAACUCGGUUUAACAAUAAACUGAAAAACACUGUGAAAACAGCCAAACUGUUAAUUGUAACUGACUAAUUAUGCAGUGUGUUGUGAAGUAAUGAAGGUACGAGGGCAAAUCCUACAUGUUGGGUUCAUGGUAUAUAUAAAUAUAUAUAUCAAUGGGAAACAUUCCUGUCCUGAACCACACUGAAUACCACCCAAGUCUGUGAUAUUGCAGACUGUUUUACUCCAUGUUAUGUUCUAUUGUGACAAGUAACUUCAAAUAUGUGAACACCAAGCCCCGGGUGUAAUGUUGUUAAUCUGAUAAUUACCUGUAUAUCAUUAUGCAAUACUGUGAAGCUUACAUACAUUAUGCAACAUCCUGAAGCUUACAUACAUUAUGCAAUAUUGUUAAGCUUACAUACAUUAUGCAAUACUGUCUCCAGUUUCAACACUAGCCAAAUCCCUGGAUUGUAAUCCAAACUAGGGCUAGUACACUAAACAUUAAAUUUAGACUCCCUGCUCAGCAUAAUAGGACCUGCUUGCCACACAGGGUUAACAUCACUGUAUAAACCAUUAAACAUGCUUGACCUUUUGACCUAGCGCAACACACAGUCUUGCUUAAGAUUAGCCCUAUUAUUAGUGAUGUUGAUGUCCUUGCAUGGAGCUAUGAUCAACAUCUGUCAAGAAAAAUGCUUUAAAGAAGCUAUACUGGAGGUUGUGACAAAAAAAAUCCAUAUUCACUUAUCAAAUUUAAUUUUCUGUAUUUACCUAGUAUAGUUAAAAUUACUACUGGUCUAACACUAGGUCAGGAAGUAUCACUUACCUGUACUGUUUAUUGUAACAGCAAGAGUGUGAUUGGAUUUGCACUGAUUUAUGGAUUUUGCCAAAAAUCUGCAGUUUAGACUUUCAGAGUUCACAUAUUUGUACAUUAAAAUGUACAUGUAUUUUGGAAUCAUCCACUGCAUACUUUGUACAAAAACUACAUUGUGCCUGUGUUUUAGUUCUGGUAAUGCCUGUAUUUGCAGGAUGGGUUAAGAAGUGGUUUCCGGUUUCCUCCCACCAUAGUGCUAGCUGCUGUCUUCAGAGUGAAGUAGGGGGCCUCCGUGACUCGGUUAGCAGCGUAAUGACCCAGGGGCCUCUCACCAAUGCAGUCGCUGUGAGUUCUAGUCCAACUCAUGCUGGCUUCCUCUUCAGAUGUGCAUGGGGAGGUGUACCUGCAGAUGGUCAUGGGUUUCCCCAGGGCUCUGCCCGGUUUCCUCCCACCAUAAUGCUGGCUGCCGUCAUAUAAUUGAAAUAUUCUUGAGUACGGCGUAAAACACCAAUCAAAUAAAUAAAUAAAUCAAAAUGAAGUAUUCUUGACUGCAGUGUAAAACACCAAUCAAAUGAAUAAACAAGUUAUUCUGUAACGGAUAUGAUGUGGUACAUGUAUAUGCAUUUUGUAAUAAUCCGGCAUAUACUUAAGACAAAAGAGGAGGUGUAUGUACUUGUAUAUAUGUGAUUCAGGUUAUACUUGCAAGGGUUGAGAAGUUAUGAUAUAAGUGGUUUACUGUGGCGCGUAGCAGUAAUGUAGAGCUAGUGUACAGAAUAUAUAGUGUGUGGUAUGCCAUGAAGUGUGCUGUUAUGUGCCUAUGGUAGGGUCAUUAUACAUGAAAUCAACCAGGAAAUUGGGUCAUAACCAAAGAGCUUGACACAAAUGACGGAAAACUGUGACUCGGUUGUCUGGUGAAUUCAGUUCCACUUUGCACAUCCUAGCGUAACCAGCUGAAAUGACUAGAAUAAUUAAAGAUAAGCCUAUAGGCUUAUAUGAGAACCGUGUCAUAUUUCACAAGUUUAUUAAGGACGUUACUGUCCUAUUUGCUGGGGAAUUUCUUUCAUUGUACAUUUGCUGUUGUUCAGUAUACAUGCCCACUAUUGAUACAGUUU